AUGGAAGAAGGAAUCAAGCGUCUCGCUUCUUUUGAUGAUACCCUUGGAAUAUGUGUUUCAAUAUAUCAUGACUAUGAAGGUAUUCUCAAAGACAUAUGUAAGGAUGGUGAAUGGGUUCCUGUUCAACCUAUCCCUGGUGCCCUGGUAAUCAAUAUUGGGGAUAUGCUUGAGGUAAUAAGUAACGGAAUAUAUAAGAGCAUUGAGCACAGAGGGGUUACAAGCAUUGACAGAGAUCGCAUCUCCAUUGCGAUGUUUUUUGGUCCAAGUAAGGAAACAGAGGUGGGUCCUAUUCCUGAACUCAUAGAUGAGUUGCAUCCCUGUCGAUACAGAAGAUUCAUUCGUGAAGACUAUAUGCGGCGUUUCUCUUCUGGCAAACUUGAUGGGAAGAAGAAUAUUGAAUUUGUCAAAAUCGAGUCAUAA